CAUGAUGGUGUCCCCACAGACUCCGCCUCCUGUGUGUCACGGACCAAUCAGGACUUCACAAACUCUCACAACUUCUCUGUGGACAUCAGGAUGCCCGGAGUCGUCCCAGCAGGGUCAGACACUUACCUCUGCAUGUCGUUUCCUGUGCCCACUAAUCGAGAUGCUUUUAUCGUCGACUUCAUCCCUCACGCCAGCAUGGACACCGUCCACCACAUGCUGCUGUUUGGCUGCCAGAAUCCCGUCUCCACCAGCAGCUACUGGGACUGUGGCAGCGUUCAGGGAACCUGUAAGGAUGGAGCGUCCAUCAUGUACGCCUGGGCUCGCAACGCCCCGCCCACCAAACUACCUAAAGAUGUUGGAUUCAAAGUUGGCAGAAGUUCUGGGAUGUCUCACUUGGUGCUGCAGAUUCAUUAUGGGGACGUCAGUGCUUUCAGAGAUCAUCACAGAGACUGCUCAGGAGUUUCUCUAAGGAUGACGACCAAACCGCAGCCGUUCAUCGCUGGUAUUUACCUGCUCAUGUCUGUGACCACCGUCAUCCUGCCGGGAAAGAGAGUGACAAACGCAGACGUGGCGUGUGAUUACACUUCAUAUCCCAUCUACCCGUUUGCCUUCAGGACGCACACACACAAGCUGGGUCAAGUGGUCAGUGGGUACAGGAUCAGAGACGGGAAGUGGACUCUGAUUGGCCGACAGUCUCCUCAGCUCCCUCAGGCUUUCUACCCGGCCAACAGAGACGUGAGUGUGAAGUAUGGAGACUCAGUCGCAGCCAGAUGUGUGUUCACCGGAGAGGGACGAACCUCCAAAACAUACAUCGGAGGGACGUCAGACGACGAGAUGUGUAACUUCUACAUCAUGUACUACAUGGACAGCAAACACGCCGUCCCCUACAUGAACUGUAACGAGCCCGGCUCUGAACAGCUGUUUGACCAGAUCCCAGCUGAGGCCAGCGUCCCCAUCCCCAUCAGUCCAGAUCACAGCAACAUGAUGCACAUGGGACACUCUACAGAGCGUCAGGACGACAGGGCCAUGUUGAAGAAAAACAAAGACCAGGAUCAGGAUCAGGAUCAGGAUCAGGAUCAGGAUCAGGGUGACAUCUUGUCUCUGAUGUCCAGGCUGUUAGGACAGAGCGUUCACUCUCACAGAGCUCAGCUGCUGGCUCAGAUCGGUAGUUUAAUGCAGGACAAAGACCUGGACUCUCCCAGAACCAGACUGGCCUUCCACACCAGGGAGGACCCGGUUCUGGUGAGGGACAGAGUCCACAGGUUCCAUCAGCUCGAGGCCAAAACCCCCAGAAGCCAUCGACCCGCUGAAGGAGAAGACUCUCACCUGGAACAGGUGUCGUCGUGGCCUCAGAGCUCCCUCCAGCUGGGUCAGGUAUCAGGACUGGCUCUGGACUCGGACUCUAACCUGGUCAUCUUCCACAGAGGAGAUCACACCUGGGGCGCCAACUCCUUCAGCAGCCAGGCUCAGUACCAGCAGAGGUCUCUGGGUCCCAUCCAGCAGUCCACCAUCCUGGUGGUAGAUCCAUCUGAAGGGGGCAUCCUGAAGGCUUCAGGGAGGAACAUGUUUUAUCUGCCUCAUGGAAUAACUACAGACAAUGACAACAACUACUGGGUGACUGAUGUGGCUCUGCACCAGGUGUUGAAGGUGAGCAGUGAUGGCAGAGAUCGGACCCUGCUGGCGUUAGGGGAGGAGUUUACUCCAGGAAGCGACAGCAGACACUUCUGUCAGCCCACAGACGUGGCCGUGGACCCCCACUCAGGAAACAUCUUUGUGUCUGACGGAUACUGCAACGCACGCAUCCUCAAGUUCUCUGCAGAUGGGACAUACCUGUCUGAGUGGGGCGCAGGGACGUCUGACAGGAGGAGGCGCGCCCCCUUCAGGGUUCCUCACAGCCUGGUGUUCCUCGCCGACAGACAGGAAGUGUGCGUCGCUGACAGAGAGAACGGACGCAUCCAGUGUUUCAUCGCCGCCACGGGAGAGUUUGUAAAGGAGAUCAAGAAAGACGAGUUUGGAGGAGAAGUGUUCGCCAUCACGUACAGCCCCGCAGCAGAUGGUGUGAUCUUUGCAGUAAACGGUGAAUCUCUGUUCAGCUCGGCUCCUCUCAGAGGGUUUGUGAUCGAUUAUACAACAAAGGAAAUAAUAGACACCUUCCAGCCGGAGCAGAAGGACUUUAAGAUGCCUCACGACAUCGUAGAAACCAGAGACGGCAGCGUGUUCGUCGGAGACGCAGGAAGUAAAAGAGUCUUCAAGUUCACCACAGAGAAGUUUCAUCGCUCUGUGAAGAAGGCGGGGAUCCAGGUUCAACAGAUCGAAGCGAUGGAGACGAUCGUUCAGACCAGACUCAGAGAACCUCAGCAGAACGUGUCGAGGUCAGCAGUCGUCCAUCACAAACAGAGCGAGUCGUCUCCACAGCCUCGUGUUCAGCUGAAGAGCGAGGAAGAGGAGAAGAAGAAGAAGAGUGAAGCUCAGCCAAUCAAAGGGCAGGGAGUCCUCCCCGCUGUCAUCACCACGCUGCUGCUCGUCCCUCUGCUGCUUGUCAUCUCUGUGGGACUCUUCAUCUGCUGGAGGAAGAACAACCGGUGUGAGGUGAAGUCUGACCCCGGCUCUGUGGGCGGAAUCCUGGGAAAAAUCAGAGGUAAAGCGGUGGGCGGUCUGAACCUGGGGAACUUCUUUGCGUCCCGUCAGGGUUAUAGCCGUCAGGGCUUCGAUCAGCUGAGCACCGAGGGCAGCGAUCAGGAGAGAAUGGAGGACAGCAGUGAUUCAGAGAACGAGGAGUACUCUGCCCUGCCUCCCCCAAAGUCCUCCUCUUAGACCCCCCUCCCCGCAGCUCCCCUCCCCCGCUUACAGGCCAACAUGUACGUACAUCUUCAUGUCUUACUGUUGUGUUAGCUGCCAAUCUCGCCUUUCAUUUAAAGGUCUUCAGACUCUGAUUGAAUCUGAUCGUCACAUUCCAUUUGAACAUUUAUCACAUUCUGAGGACGUGAGGCAGAUCCACACCUCUGACUGACAGCGCUCCAACACGUCAUGGUGACCUUACUGACCUGCAGGACGAGUUUACACAAGGUGAACCAAUCAUCAAUCAGUCUCUGAUGUUACCCAGCAGCUGUGAUUGGAUCAAACUGUUACAUGCUGUUUUAAUACCACAUGUUUUUAAAAUGAAACAAUCUGUUAUCUUAAUGAUUGUAUUACAGCUUUAAAGGAGCAGUGUGUAACUCUGUUCCCUAGUGGUUAAAAUGAGUACUGCAGUCUAAAUUCUAAACAUUGUAGAGAGCUGCCCCCUGCUGGUCACUGUGGUCACUGCAUGGAUCAGAGCCCUGACGUGUGGAGUCAGGAUCUCUUCCUGAACUCUUAGAGUGAAUAUUAAUGAUACAUCAGUAUUUACAGUUGAUCUCUUUCUGCACUAAAUCUUCACACUCUGCUUCACGUCCUCGAUCAUUUCACGUCCGUCCAUCUUCACGGGUCGUUGUGCCUUUUUGAUCUUAUUUUCGCCUUUUGAUCAGCUGCCAUCACUGAACAUAGCACAGGGAGACUCAGCUGCUACCAGAGCGUCCAUAUUACUACACUCAGAGUGGAUAUUAUUAUAACAUAUAUAUGUAUAUUUAUGUGAGCAAGCGAGGGAGAGAGGGAGAGAGAGAGAGAGAAAGACAGGGA